ACCUAUCUCGACCUGAUUAAUGGGCUGUGUGUCCCAUAUAAAAUAAUGCAAGUCUCUCUCCACGAGGCAGGCCGGGCCGGAAAAAUAUGUGCUAUAUUUGCAUGCAACUGCAUCACAUCCAUUGACGUCUGAUGAUUCGUGAUACGAUCCGGUGCGGUCGGUAGUGGAUGCAAAUGUUAACAUUCGAUUUUUUCCGUCCUGCCUAGUGAAUGCUUAGCUUAAAAUGGUGUUGUCAAAAUCAGCUGACUGGAAAGUGGAAAUCUUAGAACAUAGAAUUCUAUACUCCAUAAUGGAAAAGCCUUUUGGAAUUACCGGUUAAUUAAUCUCUAUGACCUGUCAAAUUUGGGUUUUCUAUUUUUCAAUUUAACCUAAUUCAAAUCUUAAGUGUCAGAUCAGAAUGUUACCGAUUGGAAUCAAGUAUUCAAUACUAUAAAAUACGAUGAAAACUGCCCGAUCUGAGUAUAAAACAAAACUAUUGCAAACUUUAUGAAACAAUAAAUAUAUGAAUAUAAUUUAAAAGACAUGAAUCUUCUACGAAAACGCUCAUUUAUUCGAAGUUGUCUCGAGUACAUUCUGAGAAAUAAAAAAAAUACAUGUACAAUUCUUAGGAAGAGCAUUCAUAACCAAGGCUGUAAUUUUUCUGCGAUAUCAUCCAAGAAGUUAGUUUAUUAUCAUGAAACUGCUAACAGGGACUACACAUCACUAAUAUGUGCGUUAGGCAUUGGGUUGGUAUUUUGUGAUUCUAUAUUCAGCGGAAAGGAAAAACGCUUUUUUCAAGCUGUUAAAUAUGGAAAUUUAUCCGAUGUAUCUCUAUUUAUUAAGGAAAAAUAUAAUGUGAAUAGUAGACACCCUUUAGGAUGGACACCUUUAAUGUUAGCUGUAGUGAAUGACAGAUUUGCUGUUGUAAACUUAUUACUCAAAGCAGGUGCCGACCCAAAUCUGCAAGAAGAGUUUAUAAAUAUUGGUAGAACAGCACAUGAAAAAAGAAUACACCCUAUUGAAGUUUUGAUGACACGGGAAAACGAGUUUUCUACCGACUUAAAUACAAAAGCUACUUACCUAGGAUUCUCUGCACUUCAUUAUGCUGCUCUCAUAGAUAACUUAGAUAUUGUAAGAAUUUUAGUUGAGCAUGGAGCCAACCCUUGUCUCAAAAAUGAUAUUGGCCAUCUUCCUAUAAUGUAUGCAAAAGAAGGUCCAGUUAAAAAAUACUUAGAAGAACAGAGUGCGAAGUAUGCUGAGAAAGAGAAACUUAGAGAUUUGGAAGAGAGAAGAAGAUUCCCUCUGGAGAAGCGUCUCAAACAAUUUAUAGUAGGACAAGAAGGAGCAAUAAGAACAGUUGCCUCGACUGUUAGACGUAAGGAAAAUGGUUGGACCGAUGAUAAUCAUCCUCUAGUAUUCUUAUUCCUUGGAUCUUCAGGAAUUGGAAAAACUGAACUCGCCAAACAAUUGGCUGCUUACAUACAUAAAAACAAACCAGAAUGUUUCAUUCGUCUAGAUAUGUCAGAAUACCAAGAGAAACAUGAGGUAGCAAAAUUGAUAGGUGCUCCGCCAGGGUAUGUAGGUCACGAUGAUGGUGGACAACUCACCAAACAACUUAAAGCUUGUAAUAAUGCAGUUGUAUUAUUUGAUGAAGUGGAUAAAGCUCAUCCAGAUGUCUUAACUGUUCUUUUACAAUUGUUUGAUGAAGGCAGAUUAACAGAUGGUAAAGGAAAAACAAUUGAGUGUAAGGAAGCAAUAUUCAUUAUGACGUCUAACCUUGCAAGUGAUGAAAUUGCACAGUACGGGUUGCAUUUGAGGAAAGAAAUUGAGAGACAGAAAAAAGAACUUCUAGAUAAUAAAUCAGAUUUGACAAUAUCCGAUGAUAUUCAGGUCACUAGGAAAUUCAAAGACGAAGUGGUGAAACCAAUUCUCAAAAGACAUUUCAAACGGGAUGAAUUUCUGGGGAGGAUAAAUGAAAUUGUAUACUUCUUACCAUUUUCAAGGAAUGAACUGAUGGAAUUAGUUGGAAAAGAGUUGAAACUUUGGGCAGAAAGAGCUGAAAAAAAACAUAAAAUUUCAUUGCAAUGGGAUAGAACUGUGGAAUCAGCUCUGGCAGAUGGUUAUGAUGUACAUUAUGGAGCUAGAUCUAUCAAGUAUGAAGUUGAAAGAAGAGUGGUGAAUCAAAUUGCUUUAGCUCACGAAAGGGGAUGUUUAAAUAAGGGAUGCACAGUGAGUGUUUCAGUACUUUGGAAAGAACAAAGCGAUUCUCCUGAAUUCAGAUUGAAAGUUAAAAGGAAAGGUGUCAAGGAUUGGAUAGAAUUGGACCACUUCAGUGCACCUCUGGAAAAUGUUAACAAUAUAUUUUAAUGUGUUAUUAAAGAUUGUUACCAUUUUA